UGGCGUAGAACAGUUGUAUAACAGUCGGGAAAACAUUCUGCGAGGAGAGUUCAUGGGAUAGUUUUUCGCUGAAAAUCUGAGAAAAAGCAUCGGAAAAUUUAGUAAAAUUGUUCCGUUUUGCAGAGAAGUGUAUGAGUUGCUAAAAGAAGGCAGGGUUUAUUCGAUAUCUGAUUGAUAAUUGUGUCUAAACAAAGAUACUCUGUGACCUAACCUCACAUUAGCCAAAUCGCAAGUCAUUAGAGAAGCUUUCCCGGAAAACAUCCCCUGAAAAUGGUUGAGGAGACAAAGGUGGCUAUUGAGAAGGACCCCAAGGCGCCUCAGGAUGAGAAGGAGAAGCCCAAGGCGGUGGAGGAGGAGAAGGCUGAGUUGUCUGAGGAUGACAAACAGCUGCAAGAGGAGCUGAAUAUGUUGGUGGAGCGUCUGCAAGAGCCCAACUUGGAUCUGUAUUUGCCCGCUCUGGAGGCUCUGCGGAAGCUGAUUCGCGCCUCCACGACGUCCAUGACGUCUGUGCCGAAACCCCUGAAGUUCAUGAGGCCGCACUAUGAGACGAUGAAGGAGAUCUACAAGAAGAUGGUGACGGGAGAGCAGAAGUUCGCGUGCGCCAACAUAAUUUCGGUUCUGGCCAUGACGAUGGGCACCACGGGCAAGGAGUGUCUGGUGUAUCGCUUCCUGUGCGAUCCCACGGAUCAGAUUGGCGACUGGGGACACGAGUAUGUGCGCCAUCUCACGUGGGAGAUCAGCCAAAACUGGAAUGAGACAUCGGAGAACUUCCGCACGCGUCUCAUUGAUCUGGUGAAGCAGAUUGUGCCGUACAACAUGACGCACAACGCCGAGGCGGACGCGUGCGAUCUGCUGAUGGAGAUUGAGCAGCUGAAUCUGCUGGAGGAGUACGUGGACGAGAGCACCUAUCCGCGCGUGUGUCUCUAUCUGCAGAGCUGCGUCCCAUACGUGCCGGAUCCGGAGAACACGACGCUGCUGAAGGUGGCGCUCAGCAUCUUCCGGAAGUUCAAGCAGUACACGCAAGCCAUGCGUCUGGCGUUGAUGCUCAAUGACAUCCCGGUGAUUGAGGAGGUGUUCAACUCCUGUGACGACACGUCCAUCCGGAAGCAGCUGGCCUUCAUGCUGGUGCGCCAGCAGAUCUUCAUCGAGGUGAACACCAGUGCGGCGGAUUAUGAUGACUUGGUGGAGAUCAUGUCCAAUUCGCAUCUGAACAAUCACUUCCUCAAUCUCGCGCGUGAGUUGGACAUUAUGGAGCCGAAGACGCCUGAGGAUGUGUACAAGUCGCAUCUGGAGAACUCGAGGACGCCAUUCGGUGCCACACCAGUUGACUCUGCACGGCAGAAUCUCGCGGCCAGCUUCGUCAACGGGUUUGUCAAUGCUGGCUUCGGGCAGGACAAGCUGCUCAUGGAGGAUGGGAACAAGUGGCUGUAUAAGAACAAAGAGCACGGCAUGCUGAGCGCCACGGCGUCACUGGGACUGAUCCUCCUGUGGGACGUGGACAGCGGCCUGUCGUCCAUCGACAAGUACUUGUACUCCGCUGAGGAUCACAUCAAAUCCGGCGCCCUUCUGGCGUGUGGCAUUGUCAACUGUGGCGUGAAGAAUGACAUCGAUCCGGCGCUGGCACUGCUCUCCGACUAUGUGCUGCAUCAGAACACCACGAUGCGCAUCGGGGCGAUUCUGGGCCUGGGAUUGGCAUAUGCCGGCUCAAACAGAGCCACAGUGCUUGAGCUGCUGUGCGGUGUGUUCAAUGUGGACAGAAAGACGGGCUCCACGAUUGAGUUGAUGGGAAUGGCGGCUCUGGCUGUGGGCAUGAUUGCGGUGGGAUCCUGCAAUGCGGACAUCACCGAGACGCUCAUUCAGACCAUCAUGGAGCGCUCAGAGGCGGACUUUAAGGACACAUAUGCCAGAUUCCUCCCGCUGGGCUUGGGAUUGCUCUAUCUGGGCCGUCAGGAGGCUGCCGAGGCGGUGAUUGCGGCACUUGAGGUGAUCCAGGAGCCCUUCCGCUCCAUGGCCACGACAAUGGUGGAAAUCUGUGCCUAUGCUGGCACGGGAAAUGUGCUGAAGAUCCAGCAAUUGCUUCACAUUUGCUCGGAACACUACGAACCGGCAGCGGAAGCGGAGUCUUCCAGCUCGUCCAAGAGCAGUAGCAGCAGCAGCAGCAGCAGCAACGCGGCCAAGGAUGAGGCGAAGCAGGCCAAGGAGAAGGAGGCCCGGGAGAAGGAUCUCUCGUCCACACAAGCAGUGGCAGUGAUUGGAAUUGCGCUGAUUGCGAUGGGAGAGGAAAUUGGCUCGGAGAUGGCUUUCAGAUCGUUUGGGAAUCUGCUGAGGUACUGCGAACCGGUGAUCAGGCGAGCUGUGCCACUCGCUCUGGGCUUGAUCUCUGUCUCAAAUCCCAAGCUCAACAUCCUCGACACACUCAGCAAAUUCUCGCACGACAGUGACAUCGAAGUGGCUCACAAUGCCAUCUUCGCGAUGGGCCUGGUGGGCGCGGGCACGAACAAUGCCCGACUGGCGUCGAUGCUGCGUCAGCUGGCACAGUAUCACGCCAAGGAGCCCAAUAAUCUCUUCAUGGUGCGCAUCGCCCAGGGAUUGACGCACUUGGGCAAGGGCACAAUGACACUGAGUCCGUAUCACAGUGACAGGCAGCUGAUGAAUCCUGUGGCGGUGGCGGGACUGCUGUCCACACUGGUGGCAUUCCUGGACGUGAAGAACAUCAUCCUGGGCCGCAGCCACUAUCUCCUCUACACCCUGACGGCGGCGAUGCAGCCGCGCAUGCUGGUGACGUUCGAUGAGAACCUCAAGAGUAUCGCCGUGCCGGUGCGCGUGGGCAUGGCUGUGGAUGUGGUGGGACAGGCGGGAAAGCCCAAGACCAUCACGGGCUUCCAGACGCACACGACGCCCGUGCUGCUGGCCAUGGGCGAGAGGGCGGAACUGGCCACCGACGAGUACAUCUCGUUGGCGCCCAUCAUGGAGGGUUUCGUGAUCCUGCGCAAGAAUCCCAACUACGUGCCCUAAAACUGCCCCCAGGAGAGCCUCCCUCUUUUUUCUACAACACCUGUAACUCUAGCUUGUACUGCUGAUUUGGAAUUAAACUGAAAAAGC